AUGUCAUCAGAAGAGCUACGUAGGAAAGUUGGACAGCUUUUCGCGGUCGGUUUUCACGGCCUCGUCCCAAGUCCCGAGAUCAAGACUCUGAUCCACGAGUAUGGCAUAGGAGGCGUUGUUCUAUUCAAGAGAAAUAUACAAGAUACUGCUCAACUUCAGUCGCUCACUCUCGCUCUCCAAGAGGAAGCUAGAUUGGCUGGCCACGAGCGUCCUCUCUUCAUAGGAAUUGAUCAAGAAAAUGGGCUGGUUACUAGGGUAUCUCCGCCAAUGGCUCCUCAGCUGCCGGGGCCAAUGGCACUGGGAGCCACUCGUUCACCUGAGCUGGCUUAUCGAGUUGGAGAGAUCACCGGUGAGACCUUGCGAUUCUUCGGGAUCAACAUGAAUUAUGCUCCUGUCUGCGACAUCAACUCAGAACCCUUGAACCCGGUGAUAGGCGUUCGGAGCCCCGGUGACGAUCCAGAAUUUGUUGGUCGGUUCGCGAGUGCUACGGCCCAAGGACUUCGAGAGCAAAAGGUCAUUCCAAGCGUCAAGCAUUUCCCGGGCCACGGAGAUACCGCCGUGGACUCUCAUUAUGGGCUGCCAGUAAUAGAGAAGACGAGAGAACAGCUGGAGAAAUGCGAACUGAUCCCUUUCCGUCGAGCUGUCGCCGAGGGCAUUGAGGCAGUGAUGACCGCACAUAUUUCCUUGCCAGCUAUCGGUGAUGGUAAAUUGCCUGCUACGCUGUCCGCUGACGUGUUGGGCAUCCUUCGUAAUGAAAUGCAAUAUGACGGGAUGAUCAUCACCGACUGCCUGGAAAUGGAUGGAAUUCGUGCGACAUACGGAACCGAACAGGGAGCACUCCUCGCCCUGGAAGCUGGCAGCGACAGUAUCAUGGUCUGCCACACCUAUAACGUGCAAGUAGCAUCCAUUGAACGGAUCUGUACAGCCGUGCAAUCUGGAAGACUCGCAGCUUCGCGUCUCAAUGAUGCCUGCAGGCGGGUUGCCACCUUGAAGGAUAAGUUUCUGAACUGGGAUACUGCGCUGAGACGAAAUGAUCUGGAGGACCUGGUUACUCUGAAUGGGAAAGCUGCCACAUUAGCCAAGGAAGCUUACUCCCUCUCCGCCACUCUCGUUCGGGAUGACCCUGGCGUCCUUCCUUUGUCGAAACCGUCUCAAAUCGUGCUUCUCUUUCCUGGAGAAAGAACACCUGCGGGCGGCGCGGUUGAUGGAGAAGGCACAGAGAAGGGAGGCGUGUACAAUGUCACCGAGUUUGGUGCUGUCUUGAGAGCAUACAGUCCAAAUACCGUCGAAAUCCACUACGGCGCGGCGGGAUUGACGAGUGACCAAUGGAAACUGGUCGAAUCCGCCGACUCUGUUGUGCUUGUGACCUUCAACGCACGAGACUCGCCGUUUCAAAGGGCGAUGGGUCUAGAGCUGCCCAAACAUACCCCGAACCCGAUUACAGUAGCAGCCUGCGCUCCUUAUGACUUCAUCGACGACGCCAUUGUCAGGACGUACAUAACAACAUAUGAGCCUACCAUUGAGGCUUUUAUGGCUGCCGCAGAUAUCAUCUUCGGUGCGAUCGUUGCCAAAGGUUCUCUGCCUGUCGGACCACAGAAAGUCGCUUUGGAUUCAAUCCAUGUGUCGCCAUUUGAUCCUGCCGACCUCACUCCAUUAGUGGAAGUCUGGAACACUUCCUUGCCCGCUUACCCGUUGCCUGCAGACAGCCUCAACAGACUUUUGGUCCAACCCAAUGGACACCACUUCGUUGCACGUUUGGAGUCCAAGACCAUAGGAUUCUGCCUCUUGUAUACAACAACCACCCGAGGGACGACCGAUGGUCAACUUGCCGUGCUUGCAGUUGAUCCAAAGCACCAGGGCAAAGGAGUCGGCACAGCGCUGGUUGCAGAGGCAAGGACAUGGUUGAUGGCGAACUACAAGCCCAGCUCUCUGUCACUCGGAAGCUCUUUCCCCCGAUUCUGGCCUGGUAUUCCCACAGAUCUCCCAGAAUCUGUGCAAGAAUUCUUCGUCCAUCGGGGAUUCCGCCUCAACCCACCGGUCCCGAGAUCUGUUGAUUUAUACCAGGACAUCAGAGACUUCCAGCCACCAGAGAAGUACAUGCUCCGCGCAAAGGAACGGGGCUUCACAUUUGCGCCUCUCCAGUCAGAGCAUUACGCCGAGUGUCUUAUAGGCCAGAAGCGAAACUUUUCCCAUAACCCGGCUUGGGUAGACAUGUACCACCAGCUCGACCCCGAGAGUCACCCAUCCAGCAUCAUGACCGCCUUCGAUCCACAAGGAAAGCAAGUAGGAUGGACCCUGAUGCUUGCGCCCUCAUCGCCCAUCUUGCAGUAUAACUGGGCCUUCCCGCCUCUCUGCGGGCCGCAGACAGGCCUGAUCGGCUGCGUCGGGGUGGACGAGGAAUACCGCAAGGCAGGCGUGGGACUUGCACUGCUCUGCCACGCGAUUGAGGACAUGAAGCAGCGCGGGGUCGAGGGCGUCUUUGUGGACUGGGUGAGUCUGGAGGGGUGGUAUGAGCAGAUCGGGUUCAGGGUCUGGCGGAGCUAUAGAACGGGGCAGAUGUGA